AUGAAUGACUUCCUUGAGUCCCCCGCCUACCCAGCCCCCCGGGACGCAGUUCCGGAGCGGAGGCGUGCUGGCACCGGGGGAGAGGGCAGGAAAGCUGAGACGAGGCGCCGCGGCGAGGGGCUAGGGCUUCCGAGCGUCCCUUCCGCCCCUCUCUGCGGCCCCGGCACAGCUUCCGCCAGCCCGCCAGUCCUCUACUCCCUCUGAGAGCGCCGCUCGGCCUCACCCCCGCACCCUCCUCCUCCUCUUCCUGCCACAGCAGGUCCCGAGGGAGCGGGGUUAGGAAGGGACGGGUUUCAAAACCCAUCCAAGCAGUUUUGGCUGGCCUUGCAGUUGGUUUCUAUUUGGAAAAUCCCGCCUCUUCAGGAAUGUCUUAGAGCGUGAACUCCGUUUCACCUGACGCUGAUCUGCUCAUUUGCGGGUGAUUCACGCCAGGGGAAUAGUUCUUUACGGAAGGGCCUGAAAGCUGGACGUGAGUUAAUGGCCCAGCGUGACACUGCUGUGAGGGAAGGGAAUCGGAAGUGAACAGUCAAGGACGUUUUUGUAUUUUCGACAUCUUCUUCACGAUCCUGUUAAGAGAGCAGGUCCACAAAUACGUGGCUGCUGCCAGUUUCACCGCGCUUCUCGCUGAAGGGCAGUCUACAUAGAGAUUUUCUGGGUUGGCAGUAUUUUCUUCAAUCAGAACCUGCCAAAUUUUCCUACUUGCUAUAUAAGAAGGACCCAAAGUUGGAAUACCUUUACAGAUAAAGAAGAUUAUCUUACUUCAGAACUCCCUCUGCAUAUUUUGAGAAAUUAUGGAUCGUCACAUCCCCAUGCACGCGUUACCUGAAGAAAUCCAAAAGAUGUCCCCUGAAGAAAAAGUUUGUAAGUACUGUGGAGUCAGCUAUCUAAUUCUUCACGAGUUUAAAGCUAUGGAAGAAAAAAUGAAAGCUAUGGAAAAAGAGAUGAAAUUUUAUCAAGGAAGUGUAGAUCGUGAAAAGAGACUUCAAGAAAAGCUACGGUCUCUUAGUCAAGAUUUUGAACAGUACAAAAUUGACAAUGAAUCCAAAACAGAAAGAAUUUGGGAUGUAAGUAUGCAGUUAAAAAGUCAACAAAAUGAAUUUCAGAGAGUACAGAAAGAAUUGAGUCAUUUGCAACAUGAAUUAAAUAUUAAACAGAGACAAUCACAAGCAUUCAGUCAAAGAUUGGUGGAGUACAAAUAUUUGUGGAAUAAGACUCUUUCAUUACUUACUUUUACUAAAAGGGAGCUAACCAGUAUUAAAAAUGAAGUAUAUGACAAUUUUCAAAACUGGACUUCACUGAAAGGAGAAGUUUUUCUACAAAUUAAAUCCAUAAGUGAAACAGCCUUGACAGAAAUAGAGAUACUAAAGAAAAGUUUGACAGUGUCCCAGAGAAAUAAGAUGUGCCUUGAAGAGGAAAUGAAAAAUCUGAAAUUGUUGUCAGAUGCAGCCAUACUGAGGUCUCAGCAGAUUCAGACAUCCAAACAACAGGAAGUAAACUUGCAAACCAGAUGCCAUGACUUGGAAAAAGAAGUACUAGGUUUACAAUGUCAAGUAGAGGCACUUGGGCUAAAACAUCAGAAGGCAGUGACAGAGAUUGACAACUAUAAAGAAAAGCUCAUGAAUAAAUCUAAUGAAGCUGAUGACUGUCAAAGAGAACUUAGAAAACUGAAGUUUGAAUCCAUUAUUUCUGAGUCACGGCAUACCAGAUUGCUUAAAGAGAAAGAGGAUUCUUUAAUAGCUUGUCAACAAAUAUAUAAAACUUUACAGGAAGAACUGACUGCGAAAGAAAGACAAGAAGAAGACAUAAAAAGAAGAAUUAACUUUGCAGAAAAUGAACUACAGAUAACCAAAACUCUUCUGCAUCAGACAAAGGAAGAGGUUGUAACGCUGAAAAGUGAAAGGGAAUUAAUGCUGAUUUCACAUCAGAAAAGCAUCGAGCAGCUGCAGGAAACCCUUAGACAGAAGCUGCUGAAUGAUGAUAACUGGAGAGAGAAGAUUGAAGCUGAACUUGCCAAGGAAAGAGCCCAGCAUUUAGUUGAGUUUGAGGAGCAAGCUCUGCUUUUUAAAGCAGAAGCUAAACUGGAACUUGAUAUUGAAAAGGAAAAACAUCAAGAAAUAAUCUGUAAAUAUAAGAAAGAACAAGAGGAACUAAAAAUGAAGAUAUCUGAUUUAAUCGCAAGCGCUACUAGAGAUCUAAAGCUGGAAGUGGCCACCCUUGAAGAAAAACUCCAUGAAUCUUGUAUCCGACAUACUGAAGAUUCUGAAUCAAAGGAGAAAGAAAUUGAAAACCUUAAAAAUUUGGUUGCAGAAUUUGAAGCCCGCCUGAAGAAAGAAACUGACAGUAACGAUUCCAUUUCAGAGGACUUGAGGAAGGAAAUGAAGCUGAAGUCAGAUGAGCUAGAUAGAGUAAUGCUGGCACAAACACAACUGAUGCAGCAGUUUAACCAGUCCCAGGAACAGAACACUUUUCUUCAGGAAACAGUGCGCAGGGAGUGUGAAGAACGCUUUGAACUGACAGAGGCUUUGAGCCAAGCCAGAGAACAGCUUCUGGAGCUCAGGAAGCUCAGUGGAAGUUUACCUUUGUCGCCGUGUUCCCUUAACCAGGGCAGCCUAACCUCCUCUGCUGCAGUGGUCAGCAGCCAGGGAGAGAGAAGCCUUACAAGACUGAACUCUGGAAAAGGAAUCAAAAUCCCCAGCCUGCAUGGAGUGUCAAAACCCACCACUGCCCCAACCUCAGUUCAACCCAAGAGGGUCAACAGCUCAAGUUUGCCUACUUUCCCCCAACCCCAUCCUCCCAGGGGUCGAGCAUCUUCCGUAAAUGAGACCAGACAAAGACUGACUGCCAUUCUGAGGAGGAGACUAAAUCAGCAGUGACUGAUCCAGCCAGGAGCAGCUCCAAGCAGGACACUUGGUACUUCCCAGACCAAGUGUAACUGAGGAUGACAGAGGUCAAAUUAUUAUCACAGAUCAAGAAUGCACGGUUAUAGAUAUUUUUAAUAGGAUAGUUGGAAAAACUAGGAAUCGUGAAGCCAUAUUUUCCAAGAGGCCUUUGAAGUUGCAACAGAUAAUGAAGUUGGUGGUAUUCCAGAGGGCCAAUUUCUAUGUGUCUAUAUUGGAUGUUUAGAUGUGUUCUCUGAAUAUUCCCUUUUUGAGAUCACAGGUACAAUUUUUCACCCAUAGCAUCUUUGCUAUUUUUUUUUGCACCUUUACAAGCAGAUAUAUUUCCACCAAAAAUAGACUGUGUUGGUUUU